AUGUUGCUACACCACCGAUCACCUAGGGAUUCUUUCAGUCUGGGAGCAUCAGUUUCCCCUCACACUAGGGAGCCAACAUCCCAUCAUGUUCAGGACGCUAGUGACAUAGAAGACCCCAUGAACAUCAGCAACGAUGGCUUUUUUGUUUCUUUUGGGGAUACCACACUGAAGCGGCUGAAGCCCAAACUGCCUGAACAUCGGGCUAGAGGUGUAUCACCAGCUCCCAGUGCUGGGUUGGCAGUUGGUGUACAGACACCAGUGACUAUCGUAAGUUCUACUGAAGGGGUUAGUAGUGAUGUGGCAGCUAAUUUAGCUCACCAGACCAUUGUGGCAACUUUGAACACCCAAAGAGAUGAUGACCUUAGUGAUGAGUCUUCAUCCCCAAGCAUUGGAUUUAUGAUCAAAGAUGAAUCUCCUGCAACCAAGGAAGCUGCUGGUGAUGAUGAAAUGCAGAAGAAGAAAAUCAAACUGAUUGAAAUGCAGAGAAAGAGGAAAGAGGAACAAGAAAGGAAGAGGCUGGAAAAGGAAGCAGAAACUAACAGGAAACUGGAGGAAAAGCAAUUAAAAGAAGAGGAGCAUGAAAGAAAGAAGGCCGAAGAGAAGGCAAGACGAGAGUUGAUUUUCCAACAAUACCUCCAGAAGAAGCAGGAAGAUGAAGAUUCACCCGCAAAACCCAUGCCCAAAAAGCGAGAUGCAAGUGCCAGCAAGCAGAGACCAAAGUCUAUGUUUGUGAAAAAAGCCAUGACACCAGAACCUGGAGCCAUGGCUCCAGACUCUGGUAGUAGUUCACAGGAAGAUCUGACUGGUCGAGGCAACAUGAGUGGCAGGUCAACACCAAGUGUCAUGUCGGCCUUGCGGUCGUCAUUCCACUUCCGACUGCCACAACCCGGUAACAUACGGAAAGCAGUUUCUUGCAACACUUUGCAGGGCGCCACAAAUGGAGCAACAGGGCCUUCCACAUACCGCCGCCCUCCCUCACCCGAUUUGAGCAGAUUAAAGCAGCAGCGACAGAGAGGCAGCAGCCAAGAAAGUGGCAGUGAAACAGGUUCGGGUUCAAACCCUGGCUCUGAUUAUGCAGGCCCAAAGUUGUUUGUAAAACCAAGUGCCAAAUCUAACCGUCACAUUAUUGUCAACGCAAUCUCCCACUGCUGCCUGGCAGGGUCUGUCAACACAGACAUGAAAAACAAGGUUCUUGAGGAGUUAGCUAAGUGUGAUGCUAACCACUUCCUGAUCCUGUUCCGAGAUGCGGGUUGUCAGUACCGGGGUCUGUUCAUAUUUUACCCGGAGACAGAAGAAGCUUUCAAAGUCCUUGGUGUGGGACCCAAACACAUUGUCAAUGGCAUGUGUGAAAAAUUCUACAAGUACAAUUCUGGUGCUAAAAGUUUCUCCGAGAUUACUUCCACCAAACAUUUAUCCGUGUCUGUGGAUGCUGUGGUACUGCAUACCUCUGUGUGGAAAACAGGAAAGGCUGUGAUCAAAAGAUAA